ACGCCCACCCAAGUCCGGCUCGCCGCUACCGUGUUCGCCGCCCGCCAUGCUCAGGGGCAUGCGCCGGUGGAGCCCCGGCGCCCGCGCCUUCUCCGCGGCGCCGGCCGCGCGGGCCACCGUGCCGGUCGCGCACCUCGCCCCGCUCCCGGCGUCCCUGCCGGAGUCCGGCUACACCGUCACCCCGCCGCUCCAGCCCUGGCCGCGCCGCCUCACCGCGCGCUCGCUCGCCCGCCUCCUCCUCCUCCGCGCGCCCACGCCCGACGCCGCGGUCCUCGCCCUCCGCCACGCGCUCUUCCACGCCGCCCCUCCGCUGCCGCCCUCGCUCCCGGUCUUCGCCGCGGCACUCUCCCGCCUCGCCCGCGCCGCCGCCUCCGACGCCGGCGCCGCGGCGCGACUCCUGCCCCCCGUCCUCUCCUUGCUCCGCGCCGCACGCCUCCCGGCCUUCUCCGACCGCCCCUUCCUGCCGCUCCUCCGCGCGCUCCGCGCGCUCCCCUCCCUCCGCCUCUUCCUCUCGCUCCCGUCCUUCAACUCCCACCCCUCCGUCCGCUCCUUCAACGCGCUCCUCCACUCCCUCGUCUCCGCGCGCCGCCUCCGCCUCGCCGCCGCGCUCUUCCGCGCUGCGCGAACCAAGCUCUACAUCACGCCCAACCUCGUCUCCUGCAACAUCCUGCUCAAGGGGCUCGUUGGCGUCGGUGACCUCGAUGCUGCACUAAAGGUGCUCGACGAAAUGACUGGGUGGGGGAUCGUCCCGGAUGUCGUCACCUACACCACGGUUCUCACUGCCUACUGCGGCAAAGGGGAUCUUGAAGGUGCACAGAAGCUCGUUGAUGAUACUAUUGCCAGCGGGCGUAGGCCGGAUGCUACAAUGUACACUGUGCUCAUAGAUGGGUACUGCAUGCGUGGGAGGCUACAAGAUGCAGCUAGGAUAAUGGAUGAGAUGGAAGCUGCUGGGGUGCUGCCGAAUGAGGUUACAUACUCUGUCGUGAUUGAGGCGUGCUGCAAGGAAGGAAAAUCUGCGGAGGCACGUGAUCUGAUGAGGGAAAUGCUAGGUGCAGGGUAUGUCCCGGACACACCACUGUGUGCUAAAGUAGUUGAUGCGAUAUGCCAGGAUGGAAAGGCAAGGGAGGCAUAUGAGAUGUGGAGAUGGAUGGUGAAGAAGAACGUCCCACCAGAUAACGCCAUCACGAGCACAUUGAUCUACUGGUUAUGCAAGAAUGGCAUGGUUCAGGAGGCGAGGAAGCUGUUCGAUGAGCUUGAGAAGGGGCUCGUGCCAAGCUUGUUGGCGUGUAACUCACUUAUUCUAGGAUUAUGCGAGAAUGGAGAGUUACAGGAGGCUGGGAGGGUGUGGGAUGACAUGGUCGAACGGCGAUAUGAACCAAAUGCAAUGACUUAUGAGGCUUUGAUCAAGGGUUUCUGCAAAAUGGGCAAGUCAAAUGAAGGUGCUGCACUGUUUAAGGAGAUGGUGGCCAAAGGAUGCACUCCAAGCAAGUUUAUUUACCAAGUAUUGGUUGAUAGCCUUUCUGAGCCAAGUUAUGAUGAUACUUUUUGCACUAUUGUUGAAGCUGCAGUUUUAAGUGGUCACAAUUUCUUGGAUGCUGAAUCGUGGGAAAUAUUUAUAAAAAAAGUGUUAGAUACAAAUGAAUCUUGGACAAAGCAUCUCGAUUUGGUGCUAACUAUGUAGCCACAAAGAAUUCAUAUCAUAGCUGGAAGCCUGGAACUUCUUAUUUGUUCUGAUACUUUUUCUCGUGAAAAUUAUAUCAUUGGACUUCUUCAGAAAAUUAAUCAGACGUGCACCCGAUCCCGGCGCUGCACCAGCCUCCCAACAUCGAGCCCCAUGAGCUGCUGCGCGGUGGCGCGCGAGCACUGGCAGGAGGUCGGCGCGGUGCAGGAGGACCAGGGAGCAGGGAGCCGCGCGGGGCGGGUCUAGGCUGCUGAGCAUGCGGGGGCAGCGAGGGGCGCGCGGCACGCGUGUGGAAUGAGCAGUGCGGAGCUCGAAUGGACUAGGUGCGGCGCGGUCCAGCUGCUCCCAUGCCCGUCCUGCCGUCCUGCUAUUUAGUCGCACCCCGCUGCCGCAUCCUCAACUCACCCUCGUCCAGCCGCCCUGGAGACAACCUACACGGAUGGAGCCUACUAGCUUAGCAAGAACAGGCUACUGUUUUCAUUACACCUGUUUAGAUAACGAUGGCAUUCUUAUCGAGAUUUUAACCUACACCUCGUGCUGCUGCAGAUCAAAAGAGAAAUUAAAAUCCUUCAGAAUCUUGGUGGAGGCCCUAAUAUUGUGAAGCUGCUUGAUAUUGUUAGACCAGCACUCAAAAACACCUAGUGUGAUCUUUGAAUAUGUCAACAACACAGAUUUCAAAGUGCUUUACCCAACAUUGACAGAUUAUGACAUUCGCUAUUACAUCUACGAGUUAUUCAAGGCAUUAGAUUACUGUCAUUCACAAGGCAUUAUGCACCGAGAUGUGAAGCCUCACAAUGUUAUGAUAGAUCAUGAGCUUCGUAUUUUAUUGUUGACCAUAUGCUGCCAUCAUAUAUAUGGCCAUGACAGCCACGAUCAGCUUGUUAAGAUUGCUUAGGUACUUGGAGCAGAAUGGACUGAAUGCUUAUUUGAACAUGCACAGAAUUGAGCUUGACCCUCAGCUUGAAGCCCUCAUCGGAAGGUGCACCCUUAAUUCCAACAAUGGAGAGCUGUAGAGAACAGCAGGACGCGCGUAUAUAUAUAACUGAAUCAUCAGCUGGGCUCUAUCAAUCUUCAGCUGUAUAAUAGCGGUUGGGUCACUUGACGGAAACAAAAGAUUAUGAGGGAGCCUCUGUUGUAGUCUGUCUUUAACUACAUUGACAAGGAACACAAAUUUAUUCAGAUUAUGAGCUUGAGAUGUGAUUGCGAACAUUAUUUUCAUGUAAGGUGUUUGCCAUAAAAGGUUAUCUGUUGGCAGAUUGUACCACUGUAUUAUUGAGCUUGUAAAGAAUUACCAACCAUUUGUUUGGACCCCA